AUGUUCCACAGAUUGCAUGGGUCUUCUCCGGUACAAUUCGGGAAAAUAUCUUGUUUGGUCUGCCAUACGAUGAGCAGAUGUACAAGAGGGUGCUCCGAGCGUGUGCACUUGUUAAGGACAUGCAGGAAAUGCCCAAUGGAGACUUGUGAAGUUCUUAGCAGCGGUCAGCAGGCAAGAGUAAGUUUAGCUCGCGCAGUGUACGCUGACGCAGAUCUUUAUUUGUUGGACGACCCUUUCAGUGCUUUGGACUUUAAAGUUGGUCAACACAUCUUUGAAAACUGUAUCCAAGACUUCCUGAGCGACAAAACCAGGGUGUUAAUCUCUCAUCAAGAGCAGCACAUGAAAGAGGCAACUGAAGUGGUAGUCUUAUACAAAGGCCGUGUUUUAGGGAGGGGUACUUUCACUGAUCUUCAAGGGAAAGGUUUUCUUAAUACGCUUGUUAAUCCAUUACAUCAGAAGGCUCCAAAAGAUUCGACAUUCGACAAGAAAUAUAAUGAUCAAGAAGAGAAAUUCAUCGAUAGUGGUGACGAAAAAGAUCCACCAUCCACUGGAGAGAAGGGCCUGACAAUAUCGGAUGAGGAUCGUACCAUCGGAAGGGUGUCACCGAAGCUUUACUGGGACUACUUCAGUAGUGGAAUUCACUCUAUGGGAAUCAUUGCUGUGAUAUGUUUGUUCCCCAUUGCGCAAGGUAAGCCUUUCUUAUGUGAUCUGAAGGCCGACUGUAUUUCAUGGAAAAUGCAAAAGAAGUCAACUUUAGACAAGAGACCCGCUAUAACCUAAUUGCUGUUUAUUAUCUUACGGCGUUCUUCUUAUAGCGGAGCUCGCAGAGCGUAGCCCCAUAAUUAUACAAAAUAGUAGUAACCCAUCAAACCGAAAAAAUUUGGAUGUACGACCGUUCGACCGUACAAGGUGCUACUUUUAACAUGCGUGGUCAACUGUACCGCGGGCACGCCAACGCCACUGCUUGGUUCAGUAGUCUAGUGGUCAGUGCACUGGGCUCUGAGUCGGACGACCCGGGUUCUAGUCCCGGCCGGGGCAAGGCGUUGUGCCUUUGAGACGUGCGGGGAAAAAAAUGCGAGCUCCGCUUUUAGGCUUGGCUAAAUCUAGAUAUUAUAUAGUCACCCCUGUAGCAUUGGACCUAGUGGAAACUUAAUUGGUAUGUUUUAAUUUCAGCAAUAAUUGUCUCGCUUAUGACGAAGAAGCUUCCAGAAGAUCAGAGAAACAAGAUAAACAUUAUCAUCUACACUUGUCUUGUCAGUGGGUGCGUUAUGCUCGCCUUCGUUCGAGCAUAUACUUUCCUAUGGGUUUCUCUGAAAUGUUCUGAAAGUCUCCAUAACUUGAUGGUAGUAGCUCUUCUACGAUCACCAGUGUUGUUUUUUGAUUCAAAUCCAGUAGGAAGAAUCCUCAAUCGGUUCUCGAAAGACAUUGGCUGCAUGGACGAGCUUUUGCCCAAAGAGUUUCUGUUGUCAAUUCAGUCAUCAUUACUAGCUAUUUGUACGAUACUUAUACCAACUGUUGCAAAUCCUUGGCUCCUGUUCGUCAUCGUUCCAUUGAUGACUUUUGUGGCGUUCGUCUCCAAGUAUUACUCGAAAACGUCCCGAGAGCUAAAAAGGUUGGAAUCAAUCAGCCGCAGCCCUGUUUUCUCCCACAUAUCGAAGACGUUGAAUGGAUUGGACACAAUUCGGACAAGAAAUAGGCAGAGAGACUUCGUCCAUGAGUUAUAAAGGUACGUUAGCGGCUUCUUUCUGUAGAAGUGACGCCUUGUUUAAAAAAAAGGAAUUUCUGGUUGCACAUUUAAACAAACAAGUUGCGGAAACACGCUGAAAAAUUACCAAUUUCUUUUCGUAGAUACCAAGAUACCCAUAAUCAGAUAUCUAUCAUGGUGAUGGCCAGUGCCAGAUGGCUCGGAGUGCGCCUGGACGUUGUUGCUUCCCUGAUAGUUGGUUCAGUUGCUGCAGCAGCAGUGUUUGUGGCCCAAGAUGCCGGUAAGUAUUAAAGGAGGGAAUGUUUUCGGUUCACUGUCAACAAAUAUAAAAAAAUCAUUAACUUUAAGUUAGAGAAAUCUUUGGUUUCUUAAUGAGAAGUUGACUCUUAGCAUCAUUAUUAUUAGCAUUCAUUAUCGUCGUCAUUGCCGUUGCAGUCACCGUUGCUGUUGUCUUCGUCGUCCCUUUUAUCAUUAUUUUCGGAAGUUUAAAAAAACUUUGACGAAGAGAACGACGAUGAGAUCAGUAAGCGCAGAGAAAGAGAGACGAAAACAAGGUCGUUGUUUUUGGCGGCAAAAGGAAACUAAAGCGACGUAGUUAUUUAAAGAUGACGGCGUUUGAAAUUUCGGUUAGCUUUGCUUCGUAUAAAGAUAUGACAUCCUUCGGGCGCACCGAAAACUUUGCCUUUCUUAGUUAUUUCAUUUUUAAGUAUUUCUCCUAAAAGAAAAUCGAGCUCUGAAAUCUUAUCAUCGAUACUACUGUCUCUUCCUUCUUACAGUCGAACCUGUAUUAAGCGGCACCGUAAUUAGCGGUCACUAUGUAUUAAGCGGUCAGUUGUCCUACUGCCGAAAUUUUUACCCCUUAUUUACACGAAUUUUCACCUCUUUUUAGCGUUCACUUCUAUUAAGCGGUCACCUCUAUUUAGCGGUGGUGGUCACCUUUCACUGAGUCCCAUCGGCCUGUUUGUAUCGUCUUCCACCUGUAUUGAACAGUUCUUUAAAGCGGACCACUCAAAUAAGUCUAAGAAUAAUCCUUCUCGUAAUAUUAAUUCAUAUUUAUCUCCCGUUAUAAAUGUUGAUUGUGUUAUUGAGCAAAUUUUUGUACAUUAAGUGGUCAAUUAUAGCACAUAAUGACCUUUACCAUCAAUUCCUUAUAGUACCCUAUUCUGUGAGAGUUGUAUUGAGCGGUUUACCUGUAUUAAACGGUUACCUAGCCACUUCUAGUGGGUGACCGCUUAAUACAGGUUUUACUGUUUUUUUAUUUAAACCUUUUAAUUUAAAAGAUUUCGUGGCUGAGGCCUGUUCCAAACGUCGUGCUACUGCCGUGCCGAACUCAAAUGAAAUAGUAAUUUCGAUUUAAGCACGGCAGUAGCACGCCGUUUGAAACCAUUAAGCGCGGCACGGCUGAAUUAGGUUCGGCACGACUUCUUAGAGCGGCAGACCUUGCCGUGCCGCACGGCAGUAGCACGACUUGAUUUCAAACGUUGUGCUACUGUCGCGCCGAACUCAAUUCAUAAAUUACUUUAACGUAUUUUGCAUUAUUUGCAUACUAUUACGCAUACGCACUAAUAAAAAAAAGACAAAUGGCGUCGUGGCGCAAAAAUCUACCCGUUUUGCCCGAAAGCUUGAAAGAAGAGGAAUCCGACGGUGACAAUAGCUCCGCCGACGUUUCCCGAACUUUUUUAAAAAGAUAUUCACCUGCAUCAUUCGACAGCUAUUCUCCAGAUAACGACAAAGAGACUGAUUCAAACGAAUCCGACACAGGAGUCAGUGAACAGAGUGAGGUGUGCAGCUCGAGGAAAAAGAAGCGAAAGGGACAGAGAAGCGUAUGGGAAGAGCGACAUGUCAAUGAUUUAGUAGAUGUGAUAUGUAGUAGCGAGUACUAUAAGAAGAAGUUGAUUUUCACGAAGACGAAAAAUUCGAAGAACGCAGAAAUAUAUGCUAAUGUGCUCAAAGAUUUGGGCCAGAGAUAUGAAGAUGGUAGCUUCCCGUUUAGCGUAGAUCAGCUCAGGAACAAGUUUAAGAAAUGCAUAUCUGAGUGCAAAAAAAUUGCAUUGACUGUCAAGACCUCGACGGGCGUAAAAAGGGUUCAAGAUGAAAAGCAGCUGGGAGCCUGGUUUAAUCAACUAUUUCCACUGGUCCAAACAAGGGAUUCAUGUAACCCUGACAUGGCAGUAGAGUCUUCUUCAUCACUGCAGUUGUCGGACGGGGAGCCAGUGAAAAGAGCAACAGAUAACAGAACCCCCACUGAUGAGCAAUCAAGUGACGGUCUUGACCAAGGUGACGACUCUGACAAGAAACAAUUUGUGCCUAUAAGGAAGGGUAGAAGAAAGAAAGUCAAAUCUCAGAACUCUUCUAGCGCUUUGUCCACUGCUGUGGAGCUUUUUGAAAAAGUGGUUAAUAAUGACCCAACAACACAGCUGAUGCAUUUUUUCAAAGAGGAAAAUCAGCGAGCUCGUGAGCAUGAAUUAAAGUUAAUGGAACUCUUCAUGUCACAAAGACAGCCCGCAGUUAGUUAUUCUGCAGGUUCAUCCCCUAUCAUUUUCCCAGGAAGAAGCCUUAGCCCAUUUGCAGGAUCUAGUCAUUGUGCUAGUUCAUCCUCUAUGAUUUCCCCAGAAAGAAGCCCCAGUUCAUUUGCAUACACAGCUUAAGAUUUACUCUACAAGGAACCUCGACAGUGCCAGUUCUCAGAGAGUGAAGGGAAAAGGUAUCACCAGUUGGAGAACAAUGUUACAGAGUGGACAUUAAUGUUGAUAUUUCUUGUAUAUUUCCUGACUUUAUCCAUGAUCAUCAAUGUGAGGGAUGAUUAAUGUUUGUACUCCAUUUAACUAGUACCACAGUUCAAGUUUAUAAUUUUUUGAAUUUUUAAAACUUGUUGCUUCUCUUGGUUAGAACUUUCACACUUUAAAUUUUAAAGUACAGUCAAUCUCAUGAUUGAACCGUUGCGUUUCUUUGUGACAAAAUGGUGCAUUAUGAAGGAAUAAACAGACAAUUUACAUCCAGUUCAUUUCAAAGGGAAAAUGGUUCUUAUUUUUCCAUCAACAACAUAACAAACAUCAAAUACAUUCAGUGGAAAAGAAAAGAAAACAUUAUCUUUUUUAACAAGCAACUCAGCCAUUGUUAUAGCCAAUUGAAAAUUUCAUGAGGUAUGUGAAAAUAGACUCUGUAGCAAAAGGAAACAUUAUUAUAACAUAGCGCGCGUGCUUGCCCUGUAUAAGUCCUAUUGAGCCGCUAUGAACAAAAUUUUUAUUUACGCACGCCGGUGCGUAAAUAAGAUGACGUGAGCAUUUUUUUGACU